AGGACGGCGGCGGCGGCGGCAAGGGGGCCAAGGGCGGAGGCGGCAAAGGCGGCAAAAGCAACGGGAAGACGUCGUCUGUGCCGUGUAAGUUCUUUCAAGAGGGCAGGUGCACGCGAGGAGAUUCCUGCUCGUUCGCCCACGUGCCCGCGUGCGCCCCCGGCGGGGGCGGCGACGAGCAGGAGUUCAUGGACAAUGAUAUGGAGCGCGAAAUGGAGGCUCACCUCGCCAAGCACGCCGCAAGAGUCGACGACGAUGCGGCCGUGAUGGAGCGGAUGGAGCGAGAAGAGGAAGAUCAGGCGGCGCGGCUCGCAGCCGUCCAGCGACAAGCCGACAGCGAUAGCGACGGAGGCGACGCGCUGCCCCCUCCGGCCUCGGAGGCCGAGAUUGAGGAGGCGCGGAUGAUCGUCCAGAAGGCGCAGAAGGAAGCUGCACAGCGAGAGAAGAUGAAGGCCAAGGCCGCCCACGCCUCGAGGGACGACCUCCAGGCGAUGAUCAACGCCCGACUAGGCGUGAAGUAAUCUCUUCUUCCAGGCUGCGGACGGGGAGGGGCUCUGGCCGCAAGCGCCGCCGCGCCCCACGCGGAGUGGCGCUGGCGAUCAGGUGGUCGACACAGCCGCUCAGCCCCGCAGCCUCAGCAGGCAGUUCCGGGGGCCGCGAGCCGUGCCCGGGCGCUGCGCAGUAGUCUCGCGAGCGUGGAGGGGGAG